AUGGCGGUGGACAAGCGCUUUCUGAAGACUAACGUGCGGUCUUUCCCUGAAAGUGCAGCCAGAAAGCAUGUAGCCAUGGCAGCAGCGAUUGACCUUCGUGCUUCUUGCAUGUGGCGGCGACGGGUUGUCUUUCCGCUUCUUUUGCUUCUGGCCCGCGCAUCAGACUGCUCCUACGAGAUCCUUAUGGUUGAUGACCGUCCUUUUAAGAAGCUGAGCCCUUUUACAGCACCCUAUUGGGUGAAGAGUGCGGCGCUCAAUAUGGCCUUCGCCCAAGAGCAUGACCAUGGAUUUCAUCUGGUUCGCCCUUCCCACGGAAAGAAAAGUGUCUUUAAGGGGUGGAACAAGGUCUGGUACAUCGAGGAGCUUCUCAGCAGACAAAGCAUGUCGCAGUGUAAGUGGAUCCUGUAUUUGGACGCUGACGCUUUUGUCCGCAGCAGCUUUUCCCUUGAAUGGAUUGUGGACAGGCUCCUUAGGAAGUAUCAGCGCUCGGACGACUGCCGAUCGUCGGCGAUCUUCGCUGUAGAACAUCCAGUGGAGUUUCAGAACAUCACCGCCCCGAGAGACUCGCUGACGGGUGCCUUAAAACCAAAUGUUAGUUCACCCGGCGUAACUUGGAUUAAUACGGGAGUCAUCUUCUUUCGUGCUGACUGCCCAGCUUCCAUGGACCUCUUUCACCGCUGGCUGGUUUGGGCAGCUCUCCUGAAGCACAAGACCUUGUGGGCUAACUGGCCUGGAGAGCAGGGCAUCAUGACUGAGCUCCUGCAGCCGAACAGCUACCCCCGCGCAGUGCCGGAAGGCUCAUUAGAAGACCUGGGAAACCUUGAGGAGAUCCGCGACACUGUGGUGGUGGUGAACACCACCGAGAUCAACAGCCCAUUCGGCCGCGACAUUCAACAUUCUUGGGGUGCUGGAGAGGAAGAUGCACGGUUGCGAGACUGGGCCAUGGCCGAUGCUUUGCUUCGCAUUGGAAAGGCCGAUCCCCGUGCCGUUGAGCAGGAUGGCCAGGAGAUGAAGAUGCUUCAAUGCUUGCUUACCACGCUGAAAGCGCUGAAGCCGGGCGCGCUGCCCGGUGCUAUGGCAGCUUCCGGUGCUCUCUUGCAGCUUUGCUACUUGGGCAGCUAA